GCGGAGCCGAGCGUAAAGCGCUCCGCUUGUACGUCACGUGCGUUGAGCCUAGUGGCGACAACGGCAACAUGGCCCUGAACGGUGCUGAAGUCGACGACUUCUCCUGGGAGCCCCCAACCGAAGCGGAGACGAAGGUUCUGCAAGCGCGAAGGGAGCGACAGGACCGCAUCUCUCGGCUCAUGGGCGACUACCUGCUGCGUGGUUACCGCAUGCUGGGCGAGACGUGCGCGGACUGCGGGACGAUCCUCCUUCAAGACAAACAGCGGAAAAUCUACUGCGUGGCUUGUCAGGAGCUCGACUCAGACGUGGAUAAAGACAAUCCGGCUCUGAAUGCCCAGGCCGCUCUCUCCCAAGCUCGGGAACACCAGCUUGCCUCUGCCGUGGAGCUCCCCUCGGGCUCUCGGCCAGCCCCUCAGCCCCCAGUACCCCGUCCAGAGCACUGUGAGGGAGCUGCAGCAGGGCUCAAGGCAGCCCAGGGGCCACCCCCUCCUGCUGUGCCUCCAAAUGCAGAUGUCUUGGCCUGCACACAGGAGGCCCUCCUGCAGAAGCUGACCUGGGCCUCAGCUGACCUGGGCUCUAGCACCUCCCUGGAGACUAGCAUCCAGCUGUGUAGCUUGAUCCGGGCUUGUGCUGAGGCUCUGCGCAGCCUUCGGCAGCUUCAACACUAAAAAAGCCCCGCUUGAGAAAAACCCUCUAGAAAAACA